GCCGGGGCGAAGAGUGCUAAAACUACAGAGAGGGGCAGGCUUCAUCAUCUCCUCAACAGUAGCAUGCAGUGGGCGUCAUCGCUAGACUACGACAACGGUGACGAUGAGCAGGACGCCGACGAGAACGAGAGUCGAGUCUCAUCGCGUCGCGGCGGUGCCAAGAGCCGCGGAGGCGGCAAGUCGGUGCGGCGAGCCACCGGCCGCGGCCGGGGCAGGGGAGGGCGUCGCGACGGUUCGCUGGCGGGCAUCACGUACAAGAAGAAGAUCUACACGUUCCGUGAGCUGCUGCUGGACCUCAUCACCAAGCUGGAGAAGCGCGACAAGGACCAGUGGUUCCAUUAUUCAGUGGACGCCAAGAAGUACCCACACUACUACACCACCAUCCGCAACCCGAUGGACUUCCAAACCAUGAGGCGAAAGGUCGACAGGGCCGACUACCAGGGUGAGUGGCGUGCAUGGGGGCUGGCCACAGACAGACAGACAGACAGACAGGCAGGCAGUCGGGGGGCAGUGGGGUCAUGUGUGUAUGUGUGUUGGUGGUGGUGUGUGGUGUGUGUGUUCAGAGCUGAGUUGGUUCGAGAACGAUGUGAAUCUGAUCAUCACCAACGCCAAGCUGUUCAACCUACCGCACACCACCCCCUACAAGGUCAGCCAGGCACACAGACAGGCAGCCAGACAACAAACAGCAGCACAUGCGCGAUGCGAUCGAUGUUCCUCCUGUGGAUGAUUGCAUCCACCCCAUGCAAUCAUUGCAGGCCGCAGAAGUCGUCGAAGCCCACUUCAAACGCGUCAUCGAGACAGCACGGUGGGUGGGUGAGCACACAGACGCAUGUCAACAGACAGAGCCCCCCUCUCUCUCCCAUGGCAGUGGCCGAUGGAAUGACGCCAAGAAGGAGGGCAGGACCUUCGAGCCGCACAUUCCGACGCCCGAGGAGCUGUCGGCCAUCGCAGACCGGCCCCCGGUCCCGCCUGACGGUGCGGAGGCGCAUUUGCCCCACUCGCCCGACGACCGGCGGGGGGUGUCGUCCAAGGGCAAGGACGGGAGGGGCGUCGGCGUGCGACGGAAGCGGCAGGCGGCCAUGGAGGCCCAGGCCAUGAUGGGCGUGCACCUCGGCGGCGGGCCAGGCGUCAAGAAGAGGGGACCCAAGGGGGACCACCUCGUGGCCUUUCCCGCCAUCAGCAAGGUCAGUCAGUAGCUGGGGCAGCAAACAAGCGACAACCAACCACACGCUUGCACCGCUGGCACCAGAGAGCAUGUGCCUGCUUGGGGGUGGUUGUGUGUUGCAGAAGGCACUGGCCGGUAGGCAUCAUCCGCGAGUGGAUCCGAUGGAGUGGAUCGUGGCUGAGGAGACGGGCGCGGCGUCGUGGCGGCGGAACACGCUCGAGGCGGCGGGUGAGAGGGACUUCAAACACUAUAUCGGGGUGGACGGCAUCGCACCGGGCGGGCUCACACACCGGAAGGAGCACGAGAUCCUCGCGGCAGUCAACAAAAUGAUGGUGAGAUGAACAGACAGACAGAUGGGGGCGUGGGCGUGGGUGUGGGUGUGUCGCUAUCCAUCCAUCCAUCUGUGGCUGGGUUCAGUCUUGCGACCCGAUGGGGCGGGACACCCCGGCGGCGGGCGAGGGGCUGGGCGGCGAGAACACCUACCUGCACAUGUGUCACGUCCCCAGCCUCCACCUCGGCAAGCCUGUCCUCUCACACGCACCUGACGACCGGGCGGCCGCAUCAGGAUCGCCACCCACCCACCCCCAGUGGGCCGAGACCAAGACAUACCGAGAAAGCGUCAAGGUAACUAACCGAGCCGACAAGGAGAAAGAGGGAGAGGGAGAGGGAGGGCCCUGAGGUUCUCUGUCCAUCCAUCCGCUGUGUGUGUGUCGUGUCUUGCUGCCAGGCGUUUUUCGACGGUCCUCGUGUGGUGGGCCCGAUUCGGAAGCUGAUGGAGGAGAUCAUGGAUCGCGACCCCGAGCCACGCACACUCGUCAGCCCACUCAUCAACACCCGAUUCUUCGCAUGUGGUGGGUGAGCGACGACAGCAACGGCCGACAGCCAGCCAGCCAUCCAUCCAUCGUCGCAUGCAUGGGUGUCUGUCUGUGUGUCCAUCUUUUCAUUCCUUCAGACACUGAGGAUCAGAUGCCGUUUGUGCGUGCCGCGUGGGACCGUGACCAGCAGUACCCCUCCCUGCUGGGCCUCGGCGACAACCCCCAUGACAAGAUCAACGAAAUGAAACAUCUGUAAGCACCCACCCCUCCACAUCCAUCCAUCCAUCUGUCUGUCUGGCUUGUGUGUGUGGUGGUGUGUUGACUGACAGGGACGGGCACAUGGACACGUCGGCCCUGAAGGCCAUCGUCAACAAGUACGAAGCCGAGUACCGGCCGCCCCGACCGCCACCCAUCAUGACGGGCCGCCCGCAGCCAGCACCACAUCCCCAUUGCCACCCCCACGGCUACCCGCACCCACACCCACACCAUCCACACGCCCACUUCCAAAUGAGGCAUCACCCCGGCUAUGGCGCUCCGAGGAUGGGCCCCGCCGUCCAAGUCGGCACCUCCACGCCUGUCGGCAGGGGGCAGAAACGCGACCACGGCCGAGCACAGCAGCACUUCCAGCCGCCUCGCGCGCCGACGCACUAUCCCGCUCAUGUGCCUGCCCAGCCACCAGCAGCAGCAGCAGUGCCGUUCUCUACGCUGCCGUACGGUGCCGGCCAGUACGGUCAUCACAGCUAUCCAGCGGCGCCGCGGCCGCCGACGAUGGCAGCUCAUCCCGGGGGGAUGCAUCCUUUUGGGUCGUGGCCGCAGCAGGGCGUGACGACGAGGCCUGGCACGAGGCCGCCGCCCUUCCCGCCGGUGCAGACGGGCUCCCAUGCACAUGCACCCAGGGGAUGAGAGGCCGACAGACAGACAGACAGACAGACAGGGAGGGAGAGAGAGAGAGAGAGGGGGGUGGGGGGGGGAGGUAUCCGGAAAGUGUAGGGGUAGAUUGAAGAAGUCGAAUCGUUGUUCUGUUGGUCUGCUUUUCCUUGUGUGCAUUUCCGCCGCUUUGGUGAACGGCGGCUUUGGUUGACGGACGUGUCAGGCCGGAGCAGCCGUUAUCCAUCGCGGGGGCAACGCGCACGAGAGGGAAAGGAUGGAGGAGUGUGGAAUACCGACUGGCUAUGUCAAUCAGCACUGCUUCCUUCUAGCGGCUGCCCUUGUGAUGUCGAAGUGGUUGAUGGAUGGAUGGAUGGACGGAGGGAGUGGUCGAUGCUGCGCUGAUGGUGAUCGUGGGCUGAUCGGUCGGUAACAUGGCUGCCUUGCCUUGCUACCGACAGAUUUGUACUCGAUCUUCAUGAGGACAGUCAGUACGAUCACCGACCGUACCACCCAGACCAGACACGUACGACCUCUUUUGACUGCAUGGAGACUGCCUGCGUAUCG